UGGUAUCCAUUCAAAUCUAUUUCAAAAAUGAAUGAAAAUGGUAAUUUAUACGUCUGCAGGAAAGGAGCUCCAGGUGCUAUUUCCUGUAUACAGAAUGCAUAGAUUAGAUACUCUAGUACAAAUAGACAUGUAGUAUGCAAAUUCAGUUCCUAGGGCCUUCCACCACAGGCUUUAUAAUUUAGGUUGUAUUAUUUAGGUAUGCAAUUUAGAUUAGAUGUAUCAUGUUUUGAUUGGAUACUUUGGGGAGUUUGGUUCAGGGUCUUCAUGGUCUGUGUUUCUGCUUAUGUCAACACAAUAGGCAAUUUGGUUUAUAAAAGGAGAGGCAGGCAAAAGACAGAUCUGGUUAGACUUUUCUACGGCCAAGAAGUAAAAGUGUAAUUAUUGUAAAACAGAUGAGGGCCUGUGUGCUUCUGCCUGGGUGUGCCUGUAACUGGCUGCUUUUGGUCCUAUAAGCAUCCAGGUGUUGCUUGACAUGAGCUGAAAUGACAGCCAUCCCCAUUCCUGUCACUCAUUCUUUUCUUUCCCUCCACCCAUCUUUUAUCUGUGCUCACCUGCUCUGAAUCAGGUCCUGGAAGGAAAACAACAAAAUCAGUCCAUUUUUUGUUAUAUCAUUCUUGACCUGGUUAAUCAACAACCAAAAACACACCUGUCGCGUCACACAUGAUGCCAUGCACGUACUUAUGUGUGAAUAUUUGCUACACUUGCUACAUUUGCUACAGACAUGUUUUCCUGUGUAUUCUCUGUCUUUAGAUCCUGGAAGGUCACAUCAACAUAUAAUUGCAUGACUUUUGCUCUCAGCUCUCACCUGUCACCUCUCAUCACUGGUGAAAGCAUCUUGCCCUAAGCAGGGGCGGGUCUACCAUUUUCUCUUCUAUGUGUGCUUCAACCAGUAGUUCUUUCAUUACUGUCAGAGAAAUGCAGAUAACUGUCUCAUUCAGGCUCUGAGGAUCAUGCACAGCUGUAACAUCGGCCUACUUGUGGUUCAACUAAUUGAUAAGUAAACAAGACCUGCAUUUAAGUCCAUCGUCCAUGGAUGCCAGCAGUGUGUCUGUGCUGUGGUACAGGAGGUCAAAACCACUGGGGAAGGUGAGACGACGGGUUCAAGACCUCCGCAUCCCUUCUUCUUCCUCCUCUUACUGUGACUUUAUAGCCAGCAGACCCACGUUGGACCUGAGCCACAAUGAGAGCGCUCGGCUGGCAGCGGACUCCCUGCUCAGCCAGGGCUUAGAGGCAUACCACGAGGUGUUGAACGCAGAGGGAGAAGUGGACUUUCUGUCAGAGCUGGAGAAGAUUUACAUCCUGGAAAAUGGGAGGGAUGGCAGCACAGCUGAUCCUGGUGCAUCUGAUGAUGAUGACAAAGAGUUAGAGAGCUUGUCUCCCGGCUACCAGUCUGCCACACGAUGUCCUGCAAUGUCCACAGACAGUGAUCCUACUGUGGCAGGUUUGGACCUGAGCAGCCUAAAAGUGAAGUGGACUGAUCCUGUCCUGGAUGAGCCCAACGUUGAGGUUUAUUUCCAGUCUCAAAGCAUGGCAGCUGGCACGAAAGACCUGGUCAGAGAGUUCAUCAGAAAGGCUAGAAUGGUCCUGGCCAUAGUGAUGGACAGCUUCAGUGACGUAGAGCUGCUGUGUGAUCUUCUGGAGGCGAGCAGGAAGAGGAACGUGUCUGUUUACCUGCUGCUGGAUCAUCUCAACCUGAACCUGUUCGUCAGAAUGUGGCAGGACCUCAAACUCGACAGCAAAAACUUCCCUAAACUGUCAGUACGCAGUGUGGAUGGACAGACCUACUGUGCCAAGACAGGCAGGAAGCUGACUGGUCAGAUCGCUGAGAGUUUUAUUGUCACUGACUGGAUUGAGGUGCUGACUGGCUCAUACAGUUUUUCCUGGCUGUCCUGGCAGGUCCAUCGUAGUCUUGCUGUUCUUGUAAAGGGCAGCGCGGUCAUACCUUUCCAUCAGGAAUUCCACAGGCUAUACUCCAGCUCCAAACCAGUCCCCGGCUUUGCCACUUAUAUCACUGUACCUAGCACUCUCCCUCUUUACAACACAUUACAUGCAGCUCAAAACGAUAACGCUGAUGUCAGUAAGUCAAAAUCAAACCAGACCAAAACAAUGUGCCACAGGGUUCAGGAUGAAGAUGCUCAAAACACUCAGACAAAAGCAAAAAUGCCGGUUUUAUCCAAUCCACAAAGCGCAGAACUGGAGUGCAGCAAAGGUAAUACCCAGCCUCUACACAGAGCAGGCACUGGUACACAGAUGCAUGGAAAACCUCCACAACUGUACCCAAAACCUCUGGUUCAACCAGGAGCACUGCAGAGUGUAUCUGUGGGAAAGCCUAAGUAUACAGUGGGAGCUGUCUGCACCCAGUAUGAUGCACAAUCAAAUGUGGAACUUCUGGAGAAGAAUCAAAACCACAUCCAGAGUCACGCAAACCCUCUCAGUCAGACCCAUGUCUCACAUGCUCAGUCUCAGCUUACCAGCCUUACCAUUAACAAUACAGCUGAAAAGAAUGCGAGGGUUCAAGAGUCAAACCCUCUACACACUGCUUCCCCCGCACACGGACAGCACACGACUGUCCAUUAUCAAUCUCCUUUCCAGACAAAUUCAAAUCUCGAGCACCAUACUGAAGGUCUUUUCUUUCAGCAGUGGAACAGAGACAUGUUGGCAAAGCCUUCGGGGAUUGCUGUAGGUCUAAACACACAAAGACGACAAUGGAACUGCUCGCUAAACUUUAAACCAAACGUGGACUUUCUAUCCUGUCUCGUUCUGUCUCCUUCCACAUCACAGCAAAAACAAGUAGUGACAAGCCUGCAGUUCCCUUUAACCCAUCCAAGAGAACACACAUCUGGGCUACAAACAAAAGUGACUCAAGGAACCAGGGGGCAAGAUCAGCCCCAGAGGCACCACCAACCCCCCCUCCAGUCACACCCAACCACAGAGGCUCCAGGUUCAAAGUCAGCAUUGACAGCCAUGGGAAGUCCACUUAAACCUCACCUCCAGCCAGACUCCAAGCUGUUCUUAACAGGUACAGGACCCAAACUACAUCUACAGCCCCACACCUACCAGCAGGUGAAGCCCCCUCCAAGACUAAACUGGAUGCCCCAGAAUCACGCUGCAAGACCCAGACCUGUGGCUCGCCACAACUCCUUCACCACCACCUACGGGACGGGACAGAAUACAGGCAGACAGGUGGGCUGGAGGCCGUUUCAAAGCAGCAUGAAUACAUCAUUAGGAAGGAGCAAGAGCAUGACUGAUAGAACCUCAGCAGGCUUCAAAGGAGCAGGUCUUAAUCCAAACAUAACCAGGACCUGACAGAAAUAUACAGACUGGACAUGUGGAAUGAUUCACCCACGCACAGGAGACAUAAUCAUACACGUCAAUGAAACAUAGCAUUGAUCUUUUCAUGUGAAAUAUACAGUAUAUUCUACUGUGUAAAGCUUAUGGCAUGAUAUUAAACUAGUUUAUUCUUUAAGUUAAGACAGAUGUGUGAACUAUUUUUAGAGUGUAGCAUUUAAAACAAAAUACAUGUAGGGCUAUAUUAUUUUCUUAAAAACAAAAUGUUGAUUUAAUUUAGAAAAAAAAUCAAGGCGUUGGCUUACUAUAUGUUUUUAAACCUGAAAAGGCUGUAGAAUUUUAUUAAGGUGAUUUCAUAUUGCUCCUUUGUCGAAAGCCCUGCGCACGCACGCUCGCACACACACACACACACACAGGUGUUUUCAGUUAUCAGCUGAUUAGACAUGACAGGUUGAGGUUGGAUGGAGCUACACUGGGAGUUGUGUGAUGUCACCAAAUCAAAAUAAUUGUGUUAAUUGUCCCGCUAUCACAGAUAGAACAGGGUGAGGGGAGAUGUCAACCAAGCAGUCAGUACACACCGACACAGUACUGAAGAGGUCUAAUCAGGCAGUUAAGUGAAAACACCUGUGUAGGUGUACCAUGUGUAAGGGCUUUUAUUAGCCAUGUAAAAUAAGAGAAUAAAGUUGCUCCUUACAACUGC